CAGAUAGCAACAGCAGCUAAGUGUCAAGAUAUUAAAAAAAAAAAAAAACACAAUUCUAAAGACUUGAUAAGAUAUCGGCCAAGUGCCCGACUAUUAUGUUCGCCGUCUCUGUUGUCACUGAAGAUACAACAAAGAGAGCGCGCGUCACUUACAACAACAACAAUAACGUCAUGCAACACUCGCAUAUCGUCGGUAGCAGUAUCACCUGUAUGUGUUUGCAACAUUCGCAGCAGCAAGUUCCUAUGCUUAACAAUUUUAUGUGUAUGCGCAUGCGUGGCUGGCAUAAUUAUCUAACGGGCAACAAGCGCGGCUACACCACGAAGUCCAAGACAAUUUUAAAGCGUUCCAAGCUAUUGCUAAAGAAGCGUAACUUUAACAUUUGUUGCAAUAUUCGCAAUCGCCGUCUUAUUCGCUUUUGAGGCAGCACAUCGCAUAGCAGCAAACAGCAUAGAGGACAAGUGUGUGAUAAAAGAAUAACGGACGUCAUCAUCGAGUUGGCUGGCCACGGCAGCAACAUGAUGAACGUCUAAGGGGAAAGUGCGUCUACGACUCUUUUUAGAGCUUGUUUAGAGGUUCCCUAACAAUUUCAUUGUUUCUUUCCAACGGUGAAUUAAAACCACGUUCAAAAUGGCAUUCAUUGUCGAAUCCCAAGCCAGCCCAGCCAGGCCCAACAGCGAAUCAAACCACACCAAUACCAUCAACCAAGAAGAGAGCAUUACCAAUACCAGCAGCGCCAACAACGUCGAUUAUUCGGACAACACCGACUCAUUCAACAGUCAGCAGUGCAGAAAAUCCCAAAGAUAUAAUAUUGAUGAUCCAGGAGCCAACUCAAGUUCAGAAAGAAGACUCAGACUUCCCUUCAUAUCAGUACCAGAUGAAAUCUACGUGGCCCAUUUUAAUACAUACGCAACCGUAUUCGAAAAUUAUUUUGCUCAAGUUGCCCAGGAGCCAAACGCAGAGCAACAGGACAGAGCAGAGCGCGCCUCGAACGCGAUUUAUCAGAAUACCCUUUUUACCAGGGUCGGUACCAGCAACGGCUUCAGUGAAACAGGCCACGCCUACCGCCAGCUUUUCUUUAGCAAGCCCUAUAACCUUGGCGGCGACAACAUCCCGUACAGCGCCUACAAUGACAAUAUUCCCAGAAGAGUGCUCCAACUCCUACUCUCUGACUUACCAAGCCGCGAACGACCAGGCGGUAGGUCCACCGUCGGAAACGUCAGUGCAAAUAGGUUCAUUGCCAAUGAUGGCCCCAACGGUCGAGGUUUCGAGUCCGAAUCCGCCACAGACCCUGGCGUCGAUGGCUGGGAUACAGCUGACAGGUUCCGAAUUGCUGUCCCAGCAGGAUAUGAGUGGAGCAAUGCCUACUGCUACAGUUGAAGAGAUAAAUGUUCCGGUGUUCAUUGAUGAAUACCUGCAAGACAUAGAAGCAGCAUCGUCAAGAAACAGCAACAAAAGCGAUAACGGAAACGAGAUUUGCACGGAGACGGAUAUUUGUGACUUUAAUAUGGACUUGAUUGCAGGAGGCAUAAUGGAUGAUGAUCAGCUGCUAUGUAGCAUCCAAAAUAAAGACGACAUUUUUGACAACAACCUUGACUUUUUCAUGGAGGACAUUGAACGCAAUGGUAACUUAAUAAAUAUUAGCGGGAACUUACACGUAACCUUGGACAGCUGCAUGAAGAGCUCACAAAACCCAAUGCUCGGCAGCUUUUCUCAAAAUUCAGAAAUAUUAUUUAAUGAGGAGCCGAUGAUUCCCGAUAACAACAGCAUCACAGAAAACUUUACCUACUGUAGUCAAAAUUCUCUGGGGUUUGGCAACUUGGAGCACGAGGAAGCAAAACCAAUCAUUAAGCAGGAAGUGAGCGGCAUUUACACGUCUUACAAAAUUAACGAAAACAUUUGUGUGGGCGCUAAACGGACGGCGUCGACUUCUGGACUCGAUAUCUUUUCUACACAACCAGCAAAACGCAGCAAUCUAAAACUGUCGCUUGUUUCAACUCCAAACCCUACUUCACAAAUUUUAAACACUCCACAACUAGUUGACUCUAUAUUGGACUUUGAAGAGCUCAAGCCAAAGGAAGAAAUUCACAAGGAUCUGCUCAGCACAGAGGAAAAUACCGUCAGCACUUUCAAUGAUUUCUCAGCUCCAAACACUCCGCAGAGCACCUAUUCGGCAGUCUCAUCCUCGAAGCUUACUAACCGAACUGGAGGCAGCGAAUUCAUCACCGCACCUGUCUCGCCUGCCUCACCUGCCUCCACAAUCUCAACCUCCCAAUUCAGCAUAGGCUCAGCCAGCGGAAGUGUAAGGCGAAAGCGCGGCCGACCUGCAAAAGAACACAGCGAUGGCCCAGAUCCUGAGCUAAUGUCUCGGUUGGACGAUGAGGAGCGCAAGGCAUACACAGACCGCCUGAAGAACAACGAGGCGAGUCGCCAAUCUCGCAAAAAGACAAAGCAACGCGAGGAAGAGGAGAUUCAGGAGGAAAAAGGACUAACAACAGAGAACGACAAGCUGAAAAUAAUAUCGGAACGGCUCCAGCGCCAGGAGAAUCGUUUGAAAAAGGCUGUGGAAAAUAGGUUUUUGCAGAACAGCACUUACAACAAACAUGGCCAUUAGGCAGACCACACUCAGCCACAGCGUCAGCCAUAUAAGUCGUACCUCCAUGCAGAUAUAAGUUAGUUGUUAUUGUUGUCAUUAAGUUUUAAAAUGUCGUCGUUGUAGUCGAUUAUCGCUAGUGUGGGAUGCCACAAAAAAAUAAUCACCAGAGUUUCGGGUGAAACACUUUACAGUGUAAAGUUUAAACACAAUAUUUAACAUUUAAGCAAAUGUGUCAUGUUAAACGUGCACAAAUUCUAUUAUUAUUUGGGCAAACAUUCGUGCGCCCUGAACAGAUUUGUAAUCUAUUUUUGUGUAAUAUUUGUCUAUUUUUUAACCAACCACUGAUUUUAACAAAUUUAUUUCUUGCUUUUUGUAAGUGUGUAUUUAAAAUUACAAAAACAAAACAAAAAUCCCUAAAACAAGAAAAAAAAUUACAAACUUGAAAAAAUGAA